UUUUUCAAUACAACAACAAAAAAAAAAUACCUACUAAAUAAUUGAAUCAUUCAAUGCUCCAAUGAAUUUGUGUCUAACAAAAAAUAGCUUCAAAUUAGCAUAAAAGCGAGAGGUUAACAUAUAGAAGUUUAGCUGAAGACUAAAAUUUCCCUGACUAUUAUUUUUUGGUUUAUGCAAAUAUUUUUGAUUUAUGCAAAUAUUUUGUUUUAAUUUGAAUAAAAAAGAUUAAUUCUGUGAUAAAGCUGUGGAAGCUAUUUAAUAACAAAGCAAUAAAAUAAUCAUCAUCAUGGCAACUUUAGCAAGAACUGCUAGCAUCCUAGACGAAAAUGUCGAAGAAAUGUCUGUUCUCACAAUUCAGGAUGGUGGUGGUGGUGUAGAAGAACAAAUCACCUCAACAAGAGUUGCAUCUCUCCUAUCCUCUGUGGAGGAAAAACCUCUCGAUAUAAAUACAGAUGUACCCGAUAAUAUUAUCGAAAACUCUAGCGGUCGUAAUAUUGAUGAACUUUAUGGAGAAAUUCUAUUUGAAAUACUAAAUAAUAUAGGUUGUCCAAACUCACAAGAAACAUGCCCCGAAUCUCUGUUAGAAUUUGUUCGUGAUGCAUUUAAAAUCUCCCACACAAAGCACGAAGAAUUAUUAGAAAUUGCAACUGGCAAGGAACCACCAAAAGUUCGAUUGAACGUGGAGAUAAUUAAAGCUGAGAAUUUAAUGCCCAAGGAUCAUAAUGGUCUAUCAGAUCCUUUUGUUACACUUUACAUUGAAUCAAAUGCAGUUCAUCGAUAUAAUACAUCGGUCAAACCGAUGACACUGAAUCCAGUUUGGAAUGAGUAUUUCUCAUUACCAAUUCCUGAUGAUCCCAGAGAAGAGACUCUCAUAGUCGAAGUUUGGGAUUUUGAUGCCGCCGAGACUGUUGGAACGAAAAUGAAUAAAUUCUUUGAAGUCAAAGGAGUCAAAGGUCUGCGAAAAUUGAUGAAAGAAAUUGCCUAUUCAGCUGCAACCACUGUCAAAGAUGACAAUGAAUUAAUUGGAAGGUCUGUGAUACCUUUGAAUUCCAUUCCAGCCUCAGGAAUGAGAGUUUGGUAUCAUCUCGAAAAAGGAUCCCGAACAACACGCACAAGAGGAUCAGUUCUAAUGCAUUUAUGCUUCAGCGCUGAGAAAGAUAAUCGAGUAGCAGCUCAAGAACAUCGAAAUUUAUUAAGAAUUCUCCUGAUGCAUGAAUUGGAAAGUUCCACUCUUGAACCAUAUCUCUGGAGUGGAAAGUAUAAUUCACAAGCUGAAGCAAUCAUUACCCAACAUUAUAUUCAAAGUGGUUUGUCUGAAGUCGAUUUGGCCUUGUGUCAAUGGGAUGCAUAUUCAAAUGUACAUGAACAUCAUCCGUUAUCGUUCAGUCUCUUUAAUACAAUUUUGCACAAAGUUAUUGAAACUUUGCCAACUUAUUCGGCCGAUAGUGACUUCGUCAAGACAUUUUGGGAAGCUUCAAAGAGAAUUCUUCCUUCGUGUUUUUAUAUCAUUCGAAAAAUUCGUCAAGAAACUUUUACACAACGAUUGGGAAUUAAUAUGCUUUGUGAUGUUUUGGAAAUUUUACAAAUAUUUGAUCUUUUAACGGUUCCUAUUGAUGUGGAUUUAUUCCCUCAGUCGACUUAUGGGUGGUUAGGGAAACGAGAUGAAGAAUUCGAUGCUAAAUUUGAUAUCAAAUUAAUUCUGAGUGAAGCAAUUCGAAUUGGAGCUAGAGACUGGGUUAGCACAAUUCGGGAGAGUUUAGAAUUCGAAAAUGAAAAUGCGGUACAGCAACUUACAAAACUGGUUCAAUUGAUGAGAUUCGAUGUCCAGCGGGCUAUUGAGUUCCAUCAUAAGCAUUUUUAUCAGACAAUGAAGUUGAAAUAUGCCAAGCUUCUUUAUGUCUACUAUCAAGCUAAUAUUGUGGAAUUCUGCAAGCCUUCGGUCAUCGAUGCCUGUGAGAAUCUUGUCCGUCUGCCAGAAGCUGAUAUGGACAAUGUCGAGCAAUUUGAGAAUUUUGAUGACUUUACAAUGGGGACAAAUUUGUUUGAAUUGUAUUUAAGCUUGAAGAGAUACAUUGCUCUUGGAACUGCCUUAUGCACAGCAGAGGAGCAAGAGGAACUUUUGGUUUACCACGAAUGGUUUGCUCCAGCUGUGUCACAUUGGUUGGAUAUAUCUCUCCUAAAGGCUCUGUCUCGAAUUAAAAAAGCUAUUGAUUUAGAUGAAUUUAAGCCUGUUGAUGGGAUCAUUCGUCAUAGUUCGUCGGCUUUGGAUACACUAUCAAUUUUCUAUACUGUAAAGAUAUUCUGGGACCAAUUGGGAUGGCCAGAUGUUCAAGGUUCUUAUGCUUUUAUUGGUAAAAUAGUCGAUGAUGUUUGUAAAUGUUGUUCUUUCUAUGCCACUCGAAUGACCAAAAGAAUCAUCGAAUUCAGUGGUACCGAGGACAUAAGACCAGAGGAAUUCGAAGUCAGCAAAGAGUGGUGUAUUGCAAUUUGCAACAUCUGUCACAUACACAAUAGUAUACCUAAAUUUGUCCAGGAUCUCGGAGUCGAUGGAGUACUUAAAAAUCUGGCAGAAUCUCUAAGUUCUGUGGAAGCAGAUCGUUGUAAGCAAACAAUUCAAAAUGUCAUCGAAAAUGCCCAAGAUACAGUUCAGAAUCGAAUUGCUGGAUUGAUAGCUGAAGUUUCUGGUCAAAUGAUUCCAGUUAUGAGAGGAUAUCUCUUCAAUGGAAUUGAUAGUUUAACUGAGGAAUUAAGCUCGGUUGAAGGUCUUUUCAUGUACUUGGAGAAGUCACUGGCCAUAUUACAUGCAGAAUUGGAUGAAACAACAUUUGAGAGAAUGAUCGAUAGCAUCUGGCAGGGAUUCUCGGCUGUUUUUUAUGAGUUGGUCCAAGGUAAUUUGGAUAAACGACGACCACCAUCGUUUUUCGUGAAUUUAAGGGAAGUUCUUAAAAUAAUGGCAUCGAGUUUUAAAUAUGGUGAUAAGCCGUUUUCAGAUAUUACAGCAGAGACCUUGGCGAAUGUGGAGAAGCUUUUGGUUUUACAUGCAUCGGAGACAGAUGUCUUGAUCCAUCAAUAUUACCAAGAGCGUUUUGAACGACAAAAGAGUAGAGCUGAAUCUGUUUAUGGACAAUUGACUGUUAAAGCAGAUUUUGCCCCUAAUAACAUUCUCCAUGUGCAUAUUUUGAAUGCCAAGAAUCUUCUUCCCAUGGAUUCAAAUAAUUUAUGUGAUUCUUUCGUCAAAAUGUAUUAUAUUCCCUUAGACCGAUUUGCUGGAGUUGCAACUCAUAAAACUGGUGUUCAAUCGAAAACCCUAUUCCCCCUUUACGAUGAAGAAUUUAAAAUUCAAUUAACAACAGAACAUCGUGAACGAGAAGAUAAUAUGUUGGUAUUCAGUAUUAAAGAUCGUGAUUUGUUUGGUAUGUCAAGUCAAUACUUGGCUGAAUGUUAUUUAUCAUUUGGCGAUAUUAUGGAAGCAAAUGGUGAACAAAUAAGAUUGAAUUUAUCCCGUCCGGAAUAUACACCCGAUUCGGAUUGUAUUCGUGCCUUAGAAUGUAGACAGAUAUUUGAUAAAAUUGCACGUGAUUUUUUAAAGAAACUCAAACAAAGAGCUUAUUGAUAUAUUUUGUUUAAUUUUGUUAGAAGAUAAGAAUUUUUUUUAUAUAUAAAUUAUAAAUAGUAGAUACUCGUUUUGUAGACAUAUCAUAAUUGUUUAUUCAUUCAUUUAUAUUUAUAUAGAUUUGUUGACAAUAACUUUGUUUAAAAAACAAAAAAAAAAUAUUUGUAUUUAUUUUUUUUUUUAUGAAUUAAUUAUACAUAAAAAUAUGAUGGCUUUGUUUUGAGCUAAUUUUGUGAAUUGGUUGUGCUUUUACAGAAUCUCUAUAAUUUAUUAUUCUGAUAACUUGAAAUUUUUAAUUAUGCUCAAAUUUUAUUCUGUGUUAUGCUU